AUGUCUGCCAUUGUUGGCACUGUCACGCCGGAUAAAUGGCCCCAACCAAACUAUGACCACCCAGUGACUCGUACGCCUCUCAUCCUGGGAUUCAUGAUCUCAGGAGCCGUGCUAUCUGUCUCGUUUACAGCCGGGAGGAUGUUCGCCAAGGUUAAACGUAGCAGCAAACACUCUCUAGGCUUGGACGAUUGGCUCAUGGCUCUCUCCACAGUCAUGAUGCUCGGUGUAAACGUACUCGGCUGCGUGUCAACUACUGUGGGCUCAGGACGUCAUACCUGGGACACUGAUCUCGCAACAUACAUAAUAUUUAUUCCAAGUGUCUCACUCACCAAAAUCUCACUCUGCACGUCCUACCUCAGGCUGUUCCCUUCCCGCGCAAAUCAGUGGUUCUGCUACAUCUGCAUAACCUUCCUCACGGUUUGGUCCCUCACGUUCAUCUUUUUGAUGAUGUUUGCCUGCGACCCCAUCGCCGGAUUCUGGGAUCCCUCGAUUCGCGAAGCAUCCUGCCUGCACGUCAAGGAGCUCCUCAUCCUCACCGGCGCCCUCAACUCCCUAACGGACUUUUGCGUCUUCCUGUGGCCGGUCAAAACGCUCUGGUCAAUACGCCUGCCGCUGUUGCAGCGAAUCAGUCUGGUGGUGGCGUUUGGAAUCGGCUGCUUCGUGUGCCUGGCGGGCGUGGUGCGCGCAUGGUACAUGGAGGUCUACUUCCAGUCCAACGACCCGUACUGGAAGGCGGCCAUGCUCUGGGUCAUCGUCAGCCUCGAGGGCAACCUCGGCAUCGUCUGCGGCUGCCUGCCGACACUGAAGCCCCUCGCGAAGAUGCUCUGGCCCCGCCUCUUUUCCAGCAGGAGCAACCUGGCCCUCGAUGAGCUAGCCCCUGCAGCCUCCUGUCUCAACAACAGCCCCAGCAAUGCGGAGGAACGGGGGAGCAACGACAACGACGACAAUAACGGGGACGCCGCUAAAUUGGAACUCGGCGCCAAGGGCGCGACCAUGGGCGCCAGGAACGAAGGGUGGCCGUUCGGCAACAUCAGCCGGCUCGGCCGGGGCGGCGGCAGUCCGGGCAUCUUCGAAGAGAUGUUCGCCGCCAAAGCGAACAAGACCGGGUACUUCGACGACCUGCAGCACAACGGCCGCGGCCCCACGCCCACGCCCAUCGGCCAGGGCGAGAUGCGGAUGCUGGAAGGCGGCGACGUGUGGGCCGAGGUCGACACGAGCGUGCCCGGCGGCGCGUGGCGCAUCUUGCGGACGGUGACGCUGCACCACAGCAGUAGCAGCAACGGCAACGGCAGGAGCAGGAGCAAUUCCGCCGUGGGUGGCGGGGCUGAGGUUGCCGGAAUUGCGGCGGACGCUCGCCACUCGGCGUUGUCGUCGAAUCGGCCUGCGUCGACGCUGCUGUCUAGAGACCCGUCGGCGGAGAUGGAGGAUGAUAGGAGCGACCAGCGUAUAUUGAGGUCGACGAGACGGUGGCAUGGGGACCGUGGAUGA